GCGGGCAGAGAGGUCCAAGUUGUCGUUGCUAAAAAAUGCUCUGGAAGACGAAAGCGCCCAAGCAGGUUGCACGCUAUGUGGCCAUCAAUCUUCAACUGGACCAAGACCAGGAGCAAGUGAGGUGCCCACAUCGGCGGCUAUUCUCAGUUCUGAUUCGAAAGCCACGUUGGUGCGGCAUCGUGCAUUCGGGCCUUGCACAAUAACCUUCCAACCUCUUGCCUCUAUACACCAUCGCACUGUUUUGUGGAUACAGCUUUUGAUCGCUAUUCCACAAAUCGCGAAGAUGAGCGACAAGAAAAAGACACGAUCAUAUCCAGAACCGUUUGUCGUGGAUUCCCUGGCAGAUCACAAGCACAGUUUCAUUCUCCUCCACGGCCGUGGUAGCAAUGGCGAACACUUUGGAACAGAACUACUCAACAGCCGUAUGACAUUGGACUCGGAAUCCAUCAUCGAAGAUGGUCAAGCAGCAAACACUCUCAGGCAGUAUUUUCCGAAUGCGAAAUUCAUCUUCCCGACUGCAAAGAAACGCCGUGCGAAAUGGUACAACCGCGCCACCAUAAAUCAAUGGUUCGACAGCGUACCUAUUGACGAACAAGAUCACUUGAUUGCCGGAAUGACCAAGGAGCAGGAAGAAUGGCAACUCGAAGGGCUGAGAGAAUCAAGGGCCUUCAUCAAAAACAUUUUGGAUGCCGAAAUCGAGUUGGUGGGAACCUCAAAUGUAGUGAUUGGCGGCUUGAGCCAAGGAUGCGCCAUGAGCUUACACGUGCUCUUGAGUCUCGAUAGUGAUGAUAUCGAUACUUCGUCCCAGCUCGCGGGCUUUGUAGGCAUGAGUGGCUGGCUGCCGUAUGCAGAUACUAUUGCCGAUGUUCUCAAUCGAGGCCAGACGAGUGUAGACGAAUCAGCUGCAGACCUGGACGAAGAUGGCGACGACGAUCCUUUCGCUACUUCUGAUGACGAUGCAGGAUCUGAAGAUGACAUCUGGGGCCGCGAACAUGAACGCAAGGAGCCGCAAACUUCGGUAGUUAAGGUCUGUGGUCUGAUCCGCGACAAUAUGGAUCUGCCGCAGCCUGCCCAAGGAUCAAAGCUGCCUUGGACGCGGACGCCAAUCUUCCUCGGGCAUGGGAAAUCUGAUGAAAAGGUGAAGAUGGCUAAAGGCGCCAAAGCUGCUGAGUGUCUCCAGUCGCUUGGGCUACAAGUAACGUGGAGAGAAUACGAUGAGGGCCACUGGUACAAAGUUCCCGAUGAGAUCGAUGAUAUCGCACGGUUCCUGCGAGCAUGCCUUGCGACACGGUAAUGAGAUGGGUAUCGUGCUGGUCAGCUUAUAGGGUCCAUCAUCGUGCUCAGUUCUCUGGAAUGGUAGCUCGCAUGUCGUUGAGACCGCGCCUUCGUUCAUUCGACAGAGUCGCGAGGUAGCGUUGUGGCUGAAACGCCAGGAAGUGAGGGGCCCAAAAGGUCGCCAUUACCAGACAAUCCGACUGGCGUGGAUAUGUAUCGCAUGCUCUACAGGGUAACGUUCUAGAAUUCGAUCUGUUAC